AUGGGCGGCCCAGCCAAGCGUCGCGCGAACGAGGGGCGUUAUGCUCACUCAGCCGCCACUGCUUCCUCAAGCGGAGACACAUCGUCUUCCGGCAAGGCUUCUCGUUCGGUGCACUCGCACGCCCCCUCGACCAGCGGCCACUCCCGUCACUCCCGUCAGUAUGACGGCAACCGCGAUCCCGGCUCGCCAGGCUCUACCGGCGCGAGGUCCCCAAGCAGCAGAUCGCCUGGCUCCGCCACUGCUUCGUCAAGGACCGGCACUGAGCGCAACCCUGAGACUUCCAAGGUCAUCAUCGAGAACAAGAAUCUUGAUGUCGGCACCUACGGCCGUGCCGUCAUGCGCGGCGACAACCUCCACGGCAGCCUUUGCCCUCGUCCAGCGCCUUCUAAGCUCGGCACGGCCAUCAAGAUGGGUCUCAACGUCUUCGGAGUGAGCAUCGGGAAGCUGUCAAAGAUGCCCGUCUACCAGUACGACGUGCACAUCGGCUCUGGCACGGAGAAGCGUGGUCUGCUUGACAAGGUCUGGCAGUCCCAGGCUGUACGCAAGGCCUUGGGCGAAGGAUUCAUCUACGACGGCAACAAGCUUGCGUGGUGUUCGAGGAAGAUCGAUCGUGAGACAAGGAUCACAGUUGACCUUGAUGCUGAGCAGAACAGGCCUCCUUCCAAGAGUGGCAAGGACAAUAAGCACCGCGCAGUCAUCUCCUUCACCAACCCCGUCUAUGUCGACAGGUUCGAGUCAUACCUUGAAGGCACCGUGGCCUUCAACAACGCCGUCCUGGAGACCCUCAACUUCCUGGACCACAUGCUCCGCGAGACACCGCGCAACAACUUCACCGCUAUCAAGCGCAGCUUCUUCGCCAGGGGUGAGAAGCGCUUCGAUCUCGGCAACGCAGUGGAAGCUUUCAAGGGCGUGUUCUCGUCUAUGCGCAUCUACCAUGCCGGCCUGAACAAGGGUCGUCUUGCCAUCAACGUGGACGUCGCCAACGGCACCUUCUGGACCGCUUCCAUGCUUCACGUUGCCGCCGUUGCGCUGACUGGCAAGCGUGAUGUGAAUGACCUCAUCGUGGCUCUCAAUCGCAGCGGUGAGAGGGGCCGCGAAGGUCAGGCGCUCAAGAAGAUGAGGAGGAUUCACGUCAUUGCUCAUCAUCGUCGUGGCGAGACCGACAACUAUUGCAUCGACAGGUUGGUCUACAAGAGCGCGAAGGAGUACAAGUUCGACAAGGAUGGCAAGAUGAUCUCGGUCUACGAUUACUUCGCGAAGGAGUUCAACAUCCGCCUCCAGCACCCCGAUCUGCCCCUGGUCCUGAUGACGAAGGGCAAGAAUACGAUGCUUCCGAUGGAGGUGCUGAAGAUCAAGGAGAACCAGCGUUACGUCACGAAGCUGGACGACAAGCAGACCUCCAACAUGAUCAAGUUCGCUGUCGAGCCACCGCCAGGCCGCUGGGAGUCGAUCAAGCAUGGUCUUGGGAUGCUGGACUGGGCCAACGAUCCCGUACUCAAGCACUUCGGCGUUCAAGUCGAUCCCAACAUGACCACCGUCGACGCUCGUCUGAUUCCGGCCCCAAAGGUGCAAUUCGGUGCUGGCGAUGCGAAGCCUGGCACAUCAGGUCGCUGGGACCUGAAGGGCAAGAAGUUCCUCUCUGGCAACGUGGCUUCUCUCAAGAGCUGGGCUGUUUGCGUCAUCUCCGGUCGUCGUGGCGGCAAGCCCGACAAGGCCACCAUCGAUCGGUUCAUCGCCGAGUUCAUCAAGAUCUACAAGGGUCAUGGCGGCCGCGUUGAGAACACCGAUCCUGCUUCGGUGCUUGCCUCAGGUGACGAUGUCGGCGGCUGGGUGACUGAGACCUGGAACAAAGCAGGCAACCAGUCCCAGAUGCGCCCUCAGAUCCUGCUCUUCGUCUUGCCCGACAAGGACUCCAUCACUUAUGGACGCAUCAAGCGCUCUGCUGACUGCCGCUACGGAGUGGUCUCUCAGUGCAUGCAAUUCUCACACGUCCAGAAGUGUCAAGCGCAGUACAUCUCGAAUGUCUGCAUGAAGUUCAACGCGAAGUUGGGCGGGCAGACCAGCCGCGCGAUGGGUCCGAAGUCUGGUGGUCCCACGGGCAUCUUCCAGACGCCAACCUGCAUCAUCGGUGCUGAUGUCUCUCACGCUGCACCAGGCUCCCAGGCUGCUAGCAUGGCUGCUUUCACCAUGUCUAUGGACAGGCUGGGCAUCAGAUACGCCGCUGCCUGCGAGACCAACGGCUUCCGUGUGGAGAUGAUCAGCACGGACAACAUCAACAACAUGCUGAAGCCUCAGCUCCAGGCCUGGAUGAGCAACGUCGGUGGUGGGCAGUUCAUGAAGCGCAUCAUCUACUUCCGCGAUGGUGUCUCCGAAGGCCAGUACCAGCACGUCCUCGAGCAAGAGGUGCGUGACAUGAAGGCUCUGCUCAAGACCGCGAACCCGAACAUCGACAUUCCCUUCGUUGUCAUCGUGGGUGGCAAGCGUCAUCAUAUUCGCUUCUUCCCGCCGCAGGGCAAGGGCGAUAGGAACGGCAACCCUCUCCCUGGCACUCUCGUCGAGACCGGCUGCACGAACCCAUUCGAGAACGACUUCUACUUGUGUUCUCACUCAGCUAUCAAGGGUACCGCUCGCCCGAUGCACUACCACGUCUUGCUCAACGAGGCCGGCAUGGGUAACGAGGAGCUUCAGACCCUCAUCUACGAGCAGUGCUAUCAGUAUAUCAAGAGCACGACUCCCAUCUCCCAGCACCCCGCCAUCUACUACGCACAUCUGGCGUCCAACCGCGCGGUUCCCCACGACCCGAACUGGUCCGGCUCGAGCGACGCGACACCAUCCUCCGGCCAGCAAACCGGCUCUCAGGGCAAGACCGGCAGCUCCGCCGAUGAGACCACCUUCUCCAAGCUGAUGCCGAUGCCGAACCAAGGCGCCAUCAACACCGGCAUGUGGUACAUCUGA